AUGAGCGACGCCAUGCGCUCGGUUCCGAAGCGCAUCUCGUGUCCGUUCCAGGACCCGAACUGCACGUGCAUCGUGGAGACGCUCUCCUCCUGGAACGACACGGGGGUCAAUGAGUCCUGGAUGGUGGACCUGCCAUCUGUUACCACCUCUGUGGCCAUGGUGCACGAGGCCCCUCGUCACCCCUUCCCCACUGCGGAUGUACCUGACCACGCCCAUUACACUAUAGGGGCCGUCAUCCUGGCUAUCGGCAUCACCGGCAUGGUGGGCAACUUCCUGGUUAUCUAUGCCUUCAGCAGGAGCAGGUCACUGAGGACUCCAGCCAACAUGUUCAUCAUUAACCUGGCCAUCACUGACUUCAUGAUGUGCCUCACACAGGCACCCAUCUUCUUCACCACCUCCAUGCACAGGAGAUGGAUCUUCGGAGAGAAAGGCUGUGAGCUGUAUGCAUUCUGCGGGGCUCUAUUUGGGAUCUGCUCUAUGAUCACUCUGAUGGUGAUAGCAGUGGACCGCUACUUUGUGAUCACGCGUCCGUUGGCCUCCAUUGGGGUGCUCUCCAAGAAACGAGCACUGCUCAUCCUCAUGGCUGCCUGGGCCUACUCACUGGGGUGGAGCCUGCCCCCUUUCUUCAGCUGGAGUGCCUAUGUUCCAGAGGGUCUGUUGACCUCCUGUACAUGGGACUAUGUGACCUUUACCCCGUCAGUGCGUGCCUACACCAUGCUGCUCUUCACCUUUGUCUUCUUCAUCCCCCUGAUCGUCAUCAUGUACUGCUACUUCUUCAUCUUCAGAGCCAUACGUACAACGAACAAGGCUGUAACCAAGAUCAACGGCACUGGGAGUACCAGAGACUCCAUUAGGAGUUUCAAUCGGCUGAAGAAUGAGUGGAAGAUGGCUAAGAUCGCUCUUAUUGUCAUCCUCCUCUACGUCAUCUCUUGGUCCCCCUACUCCGCUGUUGCCCUGACCGCAUUUGCAGGGUAUACAGAUUUUCUGACCCCCUACAUGAACUCAGUGCCUGCUGUGAUCGCCAAGGCUUCAGCCAUUCACAACCCCAUCAUCUAUGCCAUCACCCACCCCAAGUACAGGAUGGCCAUAGCCAAGUACAUCCCAUGCCUGGGGUUUUUGCUGUGUGUACGUAGACGCGACCUGCGAUCCACUAACAGCAGCUUCGUGUCCACCCGACGAUCCACUGUCACCAGCCAGACCUCCGACAUCGGCGACCGCUUACACCGCACCAGCACUGUCAAGUCCCACCUCUCUUCCGCCUCCGACAGCGAAUCGGGCUGGACAGAUACGGAGGCUGACCUCUCCAGUAUGGGCUCCUGGCCGGCUAGCCGCCAGGUGUCCUGUGAUAUCAGUAAGGACACAGCCGAGCUCCCACACUUCAAGCCCUCCAGCUCCAAGUCCAAGAUGAAGAGCCACGACUCUGGCAUCUUUGAGAAGGCAGGUGAUUCGUCAGAAGGCACCAUAACUAGAGGAAUGAUUGGCCGGAUCCCCAGCAUCGCCAUCACCUCUGAGACCAGCCCCUUCUUACCUGUCCCCAUGGUUCCAGUACUAGGCCAGCCAGUGGCAGUGUAG